AUUUUCGAGAAGGCCCAGGGUUCAAGAGCUAUAAAGUUCAUCAUCGACGGCCUUUCCUGGCGUGUUCGCAACCUCAACUUGUGCCUCCUUAAGGCUUUCGCUGACAGAACUACCUUCGAGAUGAAAUCAAGGCUAAACCUAUUGUUCCUGAUCCUGGGCCAACUGCAUGUUACCAGGGCCUUAAACAAUGGCAUUGGAUUGAAGCCACAUUUGGGAUGGAGCAGUUGGAAUGUAGCACAAUGCGAAGCUGCAUCAGAGAAAUACGCCCUCGACGCAGCAGCCAAGUUCAUCUCGCUCGGUCUCAGAGACCUUGGCUAUGAGUACAUCAACAUCGAUGACUGCUGGUCGACCAAGAGCCGAGAUAGCAGCGGAAAGCUCGUCCCAGACCCCUCCAAGUGGCCCAAUGGCAUCAAGGCCGUAGUGGACAAGAUCCACGGCAUGGGACUGAAGUUUGGCCUGUAUGGCUGCGCCGGCCAGUGGACGUGCGCGGGAUACCCUGCGAGCGAGGGACGUGAGGUGUCAGACGUGGCCCAGCUCGUCAGCUGGGGAGUCGACUUCUGGAAAUACGACAACUGCUACACCCCUUGCAACCAAAACCCGCGCCCACAAACCUGCACCAGCCCCGCAGGAAACACCAAGACGUGGUAUGCUCCUAUGCGAGAUGCCAUCCUCGGCGUACAGAACAUGCGAAAGAUCCACUUCAACCUCUGCAACUGGGGGCGUGAUGAAGUUUGGACCUGGGCAGCCCAGUAUGGCCAUUCAUGGAGGAUGAGCGUCGAUAACUGGGGCGACUGGGCCAGCGUCGAGCGCAUCGGCAGCGCCGCGGCCGCCAUCUCGCAGUACAGCGGACCCGGGGGCUUCAACGACCUCGACAUGCUGUAUCUCGGCUCGCCCAAGCUCAACACCAACCAAGAGAGACUGCACUUCGGUCUUUGGGCCAUCGCCAAGUCGCCGCUAGUGCUGGGCCUCAACCUCGCCACCAUCUCCAACGCGACGCUCGACAUCAUCCGGAACAAGGGCAUCAUCAGCAUCAACCAGGACGCUUUGGGCAAGGCGGCGACGACGUUCCGUCCGCCGGGGGCGCCGGCGCCGGUGAGCGGCAAGAUUUACCCGUACUGGGUUGGCCCGCUGACCGAUGGCGUUGUGAUUGGACUUUGUGCGGGCACUGCUGGCGGCAGGUAUAGCGUUGAGUUCAAGGACGUGCCGGGUCUGGGCGGUGCGGGACCGUAUGCCUGGAAGGAAAUGUACACUGGCCAGGCCGGCCGGGGUUCGCGUGUGGCGUUUGAUAUUGCGCUGCAUGACAUGCGUGUUAUCAAAGUCACCAACGUGUAGCUACAGUACCUAAGGUUCAUGUUCCUAGCCAAGCACAACGGAAGUCUCUAGGGGCUUCAAGGAAAUCCAGUCCUCGAUACAACAAUCCCACGGCAUCGUUACC